CCCCAUCCCAGUGCGUGCAUACACACACCACACACACGCACGUACACACGCUGUGCUGUACUCCCUUUUCUUGUCUCUGAACCCAGGGCCAGUAGGUCUCCGCUUGAUGGUUGCCUGUCAGCUCCUCCUCACUCUGGUCCUUGACAGCUCCCUUUUCUGCUAAAGCAAGUCCUCACUGUCUUUUGGGACCCCUGGGUGGCCUCUUGAUCACCCCACCUCCUUGCUCUGAGCCUUCCUUCUCUGAAAGCCCUGAGCCCCUGGGCAGGUCUUCUCCUAGCACACCCGAGUGCUGGGCUCUGUACUCGACUUAAAGGACCCAGCAGUGAAUGAGACAGAAGCCCUGCCACCCAGGAGGGGACAGACCUGCUCCAGGAGCACCACCCAGCCUGAGAUGCAGCAGAGGAAGCAACUUGGGACCUCAUGCAUGUCAGGGCUUUGAGUCCUGGAGAGAGGCAGGGGCUGACCCCCACCAGCCUGGCCAAGCUGACAUCAAGAUGCUGAGCCUGAAGAUCCCCAGGCUGUUCAGCAUAGACCAGGUGCCCCAGGUGUUCCAUGAGCGGGGCAUCCUCUUUGGCUACCGGCAUCCACAGAGCUCCGCCACAGCCUGUGUCCUCAGCCUUUUCCAAAUGACCAAUGAGACCCUCAACAUCUGGACUCACUUGCUGCCCUUCUGCUGCGUGUACCCUCUCGCAUCCAGCUGUGCGCACACCUUCAGCUGUAUGUCCAAGAAUGCCCGGCACAUCUGCUACUUCCUGGACUAUGGUGCUGUCAACCUCUUCAGCCUGGGCUCAGCCAUCGCCUACUCUGCGUAUACGUUUCCUGAAGCGCUGGUGCAAACCCCCUUCCAUGACUACUACAUAGUGCUGGCCGUGCUGAACACCAUCCUUAGCACCGGCCUUUCCUGCUACUCCAGGUUUCUUGAAAUCCAGAAGCCCCGUCUCUGCAAGGUGCUUCGCGUCCUCGCCUUUGCUUACCCUUACACCUGGGACUCCCUGCCCAUCUUCUACAGGCUCUUCCUGUUCCCAGAUGAGGACAUUGAAAAUGAAGCCACCUUGUACCACCAGAAGCACGUUGUCAUGACCCUCCUGGCCUCAGUCUUGUACUCUGCACACCUGCCAGAGUGCCUGGCCCCUGGAUGCUUUGACUACAUUGGUCACAGCCACCAGCUGUUUCACGUGUGCGUGAUCCUGGCCACACACCUGCAGAUGGAAGCCAUACUUCUGGACAAGACUCUAAGGAAGGAGUGGCUCAUGACCGCCUUCAAGCCCUUCUCUUUCUCUCAGAUAGCUGUAGCCGUAAUGCUGUGCCUCAUCUUCAGCCUCAGCAACAUAAUUUAUUUCUCUGCUGCUCUGUAUCGGAUUCCUGAGCCAGAAUUACAUAAAAAAGAAACAUGAUUCAGACUGUAAGCUUUUUGUGCCAGAUGUCAACAUUAAGCUGUAACACCCCAACUACCAUAAGCCAGUGGCAUGGUGCUGGCUUAUGAUGGCCAAAAACAGUUAUAAUGAUUGGUGUCUUGGCAUUUUUGAGUAGGUUUAUGUCAAAAAGGCACUUAAAUGGAGACAUUACUCCAAAUGUGCACUGAUUCUGUAAUGUAUGAUUUUUAAAAGGGGAACAUGAACUCAAUCAAGCAAGUUCAUAUCUCAUUAAGUUUUAAGUGUGUUUAAAACAAAGUUUUCAAUUCAACUUAAAUGACUGAAUUAAGCAUACUGGCCUUGUAGUUUUUUAAAAAUGGAACCUUUAUAAAUGGCUUCAUUUGAUGAAAUUCAUGUAGCAAAGCUUCUUCCAAGAGCCUAGUAGUAGCUUGUCAACUGCGAAAGAAUGAGCAGGAAAGAUUUUAGGAGGAUCUGAGAAACAGGAAGUUGGAUCUUUGGGACCCCUGGGGACAGGGUAAACAUUCCAGAAUGAGAAGGGAAUGAACUGUAAAGUCCUUUUCCCACAAGUCCAUUCUGUUUUCAAGGUGCAAGUUUGUGGGGGGUUUUAGCCCCUAUCUCCUCCUGACCAGUGGGAGAAGCAGGGGAAAGCACGCACGCCCCACAGGCCCUGAAAGGUCGACUGGCACCCAGCCCGCCCUCCCUCGCUGGAGGACAAUAGACGUGCCAGGGAGACUAGUCAAAGCAGGAUCUCUCGUUUAUUGAAGAAGUACACACAGCUUAUAUACUGCACAGGAGCCAAUCAGGAUAAAGGUCAGAGGGGUGGAGCGAGUUCACAAGUACACCCAUCCCAUAGUCCCUAAGGGAAGGCACAAGCUGUCCAGGAGGGCAGAAGAGUCCUGGACCUAUCCUGGAGGUGGUCCGCCUUUUCCGGCACCACCCACAGCACCACCUCCUGGCUGAUCGCCAGGAGCCAUCCCAGCCACAUGUGUGGCCCCAACACCGGGAAGCGGGCAGCAAGUCAUGCCCUACACAAGUUCCCAUGAUUUGGAGUAUAUAGGGUUUUUUUUUUUUCUUCUUUUGUUUGCUUUUUUUUUUUUUUUAAACUCCACAGCCUAUAGUGGGAUGGCAGGUGUUCUGUUAUGUUCUGCCCUCUUGUUGCCAUUUUGAGCUGCAAAGUAUUAUGCAGUACAGGUAAGAAGUAUUAAACUAUGGAACUGGGUGAGCUAAUUCCAAUUGGUUGUAUUCAUCUGUUAACUUUGAAAGCAACAGAAGUGCUAUGUUUAGAGAUAUCAUACAUUUGAUAUUUUUUUACAUUUCAAAUAUGCUGCCAAAUAUAUUAUUCAUAUGCAGAGGACGUUAAAAGACCUUGCCAACAAGAUGGUCAAAUGUCAUAUCCUCAAGCUUCCGUGAGUCUGAAACCCCAAGGAAGUGUGUGACAAAUACAGACUCCUGAUGUGAACAACAGGAUUCUGCUUUACUAAGUAAAUGUAGGUUUUGUAGAGGAAAUCUAUAGGGCACCACAAGUCCCCAGGUGGUUCUUGUGCAGGAAGGCCAGGGGACAAGCUUGAAGCAAGCUGGCAUCACCUCUCCAGAAGGCACUGAUUGGCCCUAACAGUUUUGUUUUGGUUAAUCUAAGUUUUAGCAACUCACUGCUUGACAUCAUAUCCCCCAUUUUCCAGAGUUUUCUACUCUGAAUACUAUGAAAGUUGUCAGAGUCUUGUGGGUCAAUCCUUAGAUAAAAAUAACAACAACGAUUAAUAAAGCUGGGAGGUGAUGAAGAAGGGGAUCUCAUGCAUGAAUCCUGACAACAAAAACUAUCACUGAAAACUCUGCCAGAACCACAGCUUUGCACAAACACUACAGCCUUACACAGAAAACACUUCUGCAAGGACCUCUGACUAAUACCCGUUCAGCCUUGGACUAAUGGCUACUCUUAUUAUUGAUCCUUGUACUCAAGGAUUAUUAUUGCAAAAACAACUUAUAUAAUCCUCAUUUUGCCUUUAAAAAUGUACCUUUGCCUCAACCUCCUUGAAUACACAUGUAAUCAAUGACAUGAGUAUUCCCAUUAUAGUGCCCAUUCCUGAAUAAAUUUAUUAUCUUUGGAGCAUUUCUGUUAUUUAGGUUGACAGUACUGAAAUCAAGCAUUUUCUCAUUUGUUGAAUUACUAAUUAAAGUUCAGUAUUUUAUGGUGUUUUCAGGGAGUACAGAAAUGCUGAUGCAAAACAAUUCUAACAGAGGCUCAUCAACCCCUGAUCUGCUCUUGGUAAUGACUUAAGGGGCCUCCAUCACAAUGCAGGAUCAUCUUUACUGACUCAGGAAUACCCCCACAUCUUAUAAUACUGCCUUUACCAUUAGCUAGUCCAGACACUUCAAUGGCCUUAUAAAUAGUCUAAUCCUCUAAGGACAAGUAACAACUUAUAGUGGAUGCAAGUGGUCAAGAAAUAUGAUUUCAUUAGUUUUAUUAUCAGUUUACUUCCUCUAGGGAAGGCAGAUAAAAUUAUACAGGCUGGUAAAUUUUUGUUACAUUAAUUGCAAACUGCACAAAAAAUUUUGCUUUUUGGCAAGAAUCUGAUAUUAUUAGUGGAAUUCACAUCAGCAGUGUCUGUGGGCUUCCAUUUCAUCUUACUGCAGCUUCAAUUUUAUAGUGAAAAAAAGUUUAAAUAUACUUUUUUUAGUAAUGUCAGACAAAAAUAUUUUAAAUUCUCUUAUUUAUAAGUAAUAAAUAAUGUUCUCUGGUUAGGCUUAGAAAUAGUUGGAAGAUUGUGGGUGAUCAGCAUGAAGGAUUUUUAGAUUCUUAAUCUUUGCUGGUGUUGCUUUCUCAUCAUGUGUGAUGAUGGAAAUGAAAUAUUAAAUCAACAGAGCAAGAUCGAGUUUGGUUAGUCGUUCUAUUGUAUACUUUUGAACAGUGCUAUCAAUUACAAUUUCAUAACAGUUUCUCAGUACCACACUGAUUUUAGAAGAUUCUAAAGUGAAAUGAAAAUGUGUUCACAUAGGUUGUCAUUAUAAAGUAAUAGACAUUAGAUGUCUAACAUGGGCAAAGUUUUACCCAAGCCAUCCCAGAGUGAAAAAUAUUGACAGGGAGUCAAUUGAAGACUUCACUGACAAGAUGUCUUUUAAUGCAGCAGUUCUCAAUUUUAAAAAAUGUCUCAAUACACUUGCAAUAUGUCACAUACUCCCAUUGGUAACAGCUGUUCACUACAUAAUGACUCAGGUGACUGUCGGGGGAGGCACACUCCUAAUGGGAUGCACCUCUUUCUCCGCCCCUUGCAUGUUCUAGGAUUUUCCAGACAUUGCCUUUGUGAUGGAGCCUGGAUGUUAUUGAAAUAAGUCACGUAGUCCACUUUACCUUCAUUUUCCGUUACUCAGUUUUUAGACAAUAACUCUCCAUCUUCUUUUGAAGAAUUAGUUUGUGAUGGUUGGUAGAAUAUGUAGGAGAAUCAGCUUUACUACAGAACUCUGCUCACCUGCAAGGCUCUGAGGAACGUGGGGUGGAGCAGAACGGUACUGUCGGGUACACUCAGGAACCCCUUUGUGUGAAUUCCUUGUAAAUGAAACACCUAUUACCACCCUCUAUAAUAAUACUUUAUCGCAUUUUAGUUGAAUGCCAGCCCCUGAUUUUCUAGCCCACAGUCCAUCACAGCAAACACCCAUUUCCUGACUUGGACAUGUUCCCCCCAACUUAUGCUGUCUGGUUUUCUUGAACUGUGUGAGAGAAAAAUUAAAAGAAUAUAUUUAAUAUCAUAAA